AUGGGAAACUUCGACCAUGAUUUUGACGUGACCUUAAGGUCGCAAAGCUGGCCUUUGUACAGCGUUGGAAUCCUUCUGAUCAUUUUCAGACUAAUUGCCAGGGCACGGAGGUUGGGUGUCAGAGAUUAUCAGGCUGACGACUAUCUUAUGCUUCUUGUGGCGUUGCUGUACACAGCUCUCAUAGUCUGCCUCAACAUCAUCGCAGAUGGCGGUGGGUCUAACCUUUACCCACCGGAGCUGGAGCAAACCUUCACACCCAAGGACAUACAGGAGCGUAUAUAUGGCUCCAAGAUUGUCGUCGUCUCAGAGCAGGCGAUGCUCAACGUCAUUUACACUAUCAAAGUGUGCAUGCUUAUCAUGUACACACGCCUGACUCUCGGUCUCCGUGACCAGCGAGUUGUUCGAUACCUCGCUGUCUACGUUUUUAUAGGGUGGCUCGCUACCGAAAUUGCGUUCUUCACCGCUUGUCGACCGUUCGAGGGCUACUGGGGCGUGCCGCCCCCGGAUCCGCAGUGUACGACACUCGAACAUUAUGCCAUCGUGCAAGGGUGCUUUAAUAUCAGCUCCGACAUGAUUAUGAUAUGCAUACCCAUGCCGCUGAUUGUACGAAUGGCCCUACCGUGGCGACAAAAGAUUGUUGUCGCGUUCAUCUUCUCCCUAGGGAUCUUUGUCAUCCUGGCCGCUCUCCUCACCAAGAUCUACAAUUUGACAGAUGUAUACGAUGCCAGCUAUAUGCUUUGGUAUGUACGGGAGGCCAGCGUAGCAGUCUAUAUGAGCAACCUACCGAUGAUCUGGCCCUUACUCCGCGAGUGGUUCCCAUGUCUCCGGGCACUGACCCCUGGUGCCGGCCGAACGUAUGACAGAAGGGUCCAGAAAUCAGCCCUAACCUCAACGGCAAGAUAUGGAGCUCGCAAAUCGACCCAGAGAAUGACCAUUCUAAGUGGCAAAGCAAGCGGCGGCACUACCGUGCGAUCGCCUUCAUUGGAUCCUGUACCGGGAGUCCACUCCAAGAGCCCAACAUAUGAUGUCGAAAUGGCCAUCCGCGGUAUCGACUCAGAUGACGAUGUCAAGAGUAGCAAGUACAGCGGAACGGAUCUUGAAGACCAGCCCGGAGCUGGCGGAUGGCACGAUAGCUCGUCAAUUGACCAGAUUGUGCACAUCAAGACCCCGCCGAGGAGCAUCUCCAGGGCUACAACAGUGGACAGCAAUUUCCGGUAUCUACAGAUGGAGCAGGAGGCCAGGGAUAGGGUGAUGAUGGGAGGAAUCCAAGUUCAAACCUCGUUUUCUGUGGAAGAGGAGGUGGCGACCCCACCGCAGUCGAGCCACGGGGGGCCUACUCCGGAGCCGUGGACAGCGACCAAAGGGGGCUGGUGA